AUGAAUUGCUCUGAAGAUGCUGAACUCAUUACGCAUCCUCUUUUCUACCUCGCUUCGAUAAUCUGUAUUUUAUCAUCGAUUUUAGCCUAUGUCUUUGUUAUAUUCUUAUUCAAAACGUAUGCUCUGAAACUUUUUUGGCACCUCAACUUCAGAGUGAGUUUUUAUUUUAUUUUCACAAUCCGUAAUGUUUCAACAUCUAGAUCCUGUUUUUCUUGAACAUCGCAAUCUCCUUUCAACUUUCCACAGUUGUGUUAAUCAACUUCUUCAAUUAUUUUUUCAAAUUAUUGACGGAAGAUAAUAUUUGUGAUGUUCUUGUUCGAGUCAAUGAUUGCUUCAUAAUACGAUUUCUAUUUUUGUGAGUUAUUUUUGUUUUUCAAUCAACAAAAAAAGUUCAGAAUAUUUAUUGGAUAAGUUAUUUUUACGCAAAACAAAACAACACGAAAAAUAUAAUGAUAUAAAUAUGAUUUAGGUUUUCGUUUAUAUCAAUUACAUUGAAUCAUACAGCAAUGAUUAUUGAGCGAUUUUGGGCAACACGGAAACUUGCAAAUUAUGAAAACUCAAAUGGGAUGUUUGGAACAGUUUUGGCAAUUCUCACAGUUAGUAUUCUCUCAUUUUUAUUAAAAAUUCGGUUUUAGACACUAGACAUCAGGACACGAAAAAUAGGCUGAUGUCAUACACAGAAAAAAGAUUUAUUGGUUUUGGAAAAUCAAAUAUUUUUUUUGAAAAUGCAUUCUAAUUGUAAAUUAAUAUUUUCCCAAAAGUUGAAGAAAGUAACAUUAUAAUGUCUGUUUGAUCUUUUCAUAGUUCAAUCGCAAAUGUGAUAUUACUUUUUUGACAAAAAGAGCUCUUGAGAAUUAUUAACGAUUCUCAAAUUUUGAUUUUCUCACGCGGACUACAAUGCUCUUGAGAUGUCUGUUGAAAUGUACUUUCUUUAAAAAGUACUGGAAACCUGGUGAAUUGGAAAAUGGAAAUUACAAUAUUAAGAAUAAAUUGAACAAAUCUGAGAAAAUUUUAAAAUAUAUUAACAUUUUUCGAUAAUUUUUCCAAGCCUGCAAUAACUAAACCGAAACAAAAAUUUUCUCCCGUUCAUUUUCAGAUCACAAUCGGAACAAUAAUGAUCUAUUUCGUAAUGCUUCCUGAUGAUGGAGAAGAACUAAUGCCAACUUGCUUUUCAUUUUCAGCUACAAAAAUGGGCAAUUAUUUGUACAUAAUGUACAGAGUUCAAUUUGUCGUUCAAUGUUUUGUUUUCCUUUUUCAUCGAUGGCUUACUUACAUGAACUCUGAGAAAAAGUUCCGAAAUACUCAAGAAUAUUUGACUCAACGUUUCCAAAGGUCAGAAAACCUAGCAGUUCUCCAACAAACCAACCCAUUGGUUUUGACAAGUGCCUGUUUUAUUGGGAGUUAUAUAAUCGUUGCUUCAUUAGUUAGAAUACUUCAAGAUUAUAUCACAAAAAAUCAAUACAUCUUGAUAAAUUUCUAUAUUUUUGUAAGAUUUUGCCUAUAUGAAUUUUUUAAAAAUGUAAAACCCAAAAAUUUGCAGAUCAUCCCACAUAUGCCGUUUGUUAUGAUGCUCGGAGCUUUGCAUAUGCUUCGAAAAGCAAACAUCAAGAAAAAAGAAUCGGUUGAAAAAAACAUUCAAAUUGAAAUAAAACAUCUUCGAACCUUCACUAACAAUUUUUAUAAAUGGGAUAGCAUUUAUGACAAUCGACAUGGCAUAAAACAUCCUUCGAGUCGCAAAUGGGGACUUGUUCGAAAUGUUGUUUCAGUAACUAAAUAAUUUUUUGUUAUUUUGAAAUUUAAAUGCUCAAAGAUCUUGUAAAUACUUUGUCGUAUUGUCGUUUUUUUUUGAAAUACAAAACAAUAAAGAAUGAUAUCAUUUACAUCUGGGCAAUUACCGUAAGAUUGUACUUCGUUAUCGAAAACACAUAUGUAAUUGGGAUUUAUAGUACAUUUGGGACUAUUUUGUUUUUUUUUGCUGAUAACAUGUCUAGAAAACAAUGAUAAUUUUGUAACUAGAGAUUUGCGGAAACAAUUGUGGAGUGCCAUACACACCGCUAAUUACAGAAGUAUGGAGACUGCAGUACCCCAAUGAAUGUUUGAAAUAAGAAUUCUGAAGUCUUGUAGAAUAAUUUUCAAUAUAUAGCUAUUAAUUAGUGAUUUUUUUUCUGAAAUCUAUCAUGUCUGGAAAAACUAUACAUUGAUUUUUUAAAAGUUCAAUAGAAAAAACUCAACCAUUAAAAAUUAGCUUUUGUAACUUGUACUUUGCGGAUCAGUUAUCUCAAUUUUUCUGAAAAACAAACUUCUCUUCAGUUUUCCUUGCAUUUAGAUUUUUUGUUUUUCCCACAGUAAAGAAGCGCUGAAUUUUAGACGUUUUGAAAAAUAAAUAACUCUCAAAAAUCCACUUCUGGUGGUUUAGAAAAAUAAGGAGAUCUUAAUUUCCGUCACAAGUACCUUUAUCUCAUAUUUUGCAGAACUGACAAUAUUUACGCCUGGGACUCACCAAAAACUCGUGCACUCUUUUUAAUUGCGUUUUUAAGAAUUCUACAGUAAUUUUGUUUUGACUACUUGAUCACUAUAAAAACCCACUUCAGAUUUGCAAUUCCAUUACGACAAAAGUCUUGCAGGAAAAAAUGGAAAACUGUGAGACACGUGGCAAAAUCUACCAUCACCCUCUAUAUAUUUUUCCCGUGGCGAACGGAAUGAUAUCAGCUUGGUUGACGUUUCCCAUUGUAUACAAAAUUCUGAAAAACUAUGCCUUUCAGGUUUACUAUCAUCCAAACGUCAGAGUAAGUUAAAAAAAAUCGUCUAUGUCAAAAAUUACAAACUUUCAGAUUCUGCUUGGUGUCACACUUUUCAGUUGUAUUAUUUUGGCUUGUGCAACAGUAUACUCGUCCGGGAUUUUUAUGUUGAACAUGUUUGUCAAAUCAAACACUUGUCAAAUGUUUUUAGAAACCAGAGAUUGCUCAUUUGUCAGAUCUUCUUUUCUGUGGGUUCAAGAAUUCUUAUGAUUUCGAAAAUGAACAGUUUUUUUCAGAUUUGCGUUUUGUGUGUUGACAACAAGUCAUUUCAGUUUGUUAGUGGAAAGAAUGAUUGCAACAUAUCGUCUAAGUCAAUACGAAAAACAGGGUCAUCUUCUCGGAAUCUUUCUAUCAGUUUUAUCUGUAAGUGUUAGAAAAAUACUUCAAAGCUACAGUUCAGUUUUCAAGAUUCUCAUCUCUGGUUACAUCAUUCAUAUCGUUCUUCAACCGGAAGAUCCUUCAGAACUAAUCACAAGUUGUAUGACAUUCUCUGCAUCAAAAUCUGUUGGAGCAAAUAUCUACAGAAUGUUAACAUUUCAAUUUUUCGUCGACCUUGCUCUUUUCCUCAUACACGCUUACUUAUGGAAGCUGAAUAUCUCUAACCGGAAAUAUUCAACAACGCUGAACCUGUCUGGAAAAUUUCAACAAGGCCAAAACAUCAAAAUUUUGCGUCAAACUUCGUCAUUGAUUUUGACAAGUAGUGCAACCAUUGGGAUUUAUAUAUUUAUUAUCUCAAUUUUUCGAAUGUUCAAAGAUUAUCUUCCUGAUAAUUGGUAUGAGUUAAUUGCCGCGAAUUUGUUUGUGAGUUUUUUACUCAUAUGAAAAUAAAACAAUGAGCAAUUUUCAGAUAAUGCCAUAUCUUCCAUUCAUUCUGACAUUAACAAUGUAUUUCUCUUUGCGAAGAGACUUGAAAGAAAGAUCUGCUCAUCAUCAAAACAGUUUGUUCACGCAAAACAAUUUUAAUAAGAAUUAUUUCAAAACGACUUCUGAUUCUUGGGACAUGGAAUAUCAUGAGAUGAGAAAAAGAGGAAGUUCUCUUCCAGUGUUAACUAUUUGA